AUGGAAAACAACAUAGAAACACGCCAAAGGCGAAUAUACGUAGACGGGGUAUUCGACCUAAUACACUGGGGACAUCUCAAUGCACUAAGACAAGCAUAUAAACUAGGAGGGGAAAUAGUAGUAGGGGUAGUAUCCGAUGAAGAGACAAAACAAACUAAAGGAAUAGCGCCAAUCUAUAGCGCACAGGAAAGGGCAGAACUUAUACGAGGGUGCCGAUGGGUAGAUGAUGUCAUAGUAGAUACGCCAUACGAUGUAUCGCUCAAUUUCCUCAAAAAUGUCGCAAAAUGCGAUAUAGUUGCUCAUGGAGAUGAUGUGGCAAUAGGAGCAAGCGGAAAGGACUGCUAUGAAGAAAUCAAACAAGCAGGAUUGUUCAUAUCAGUAAGGAGAUCCAGAGGAUGUAGCACAUCGACAACACUAGGAAGACUCGUUGAGGCGUUGACCAGUGAUAGGUUCAGCCAUUUCUCAUCAAAAGCUCGCAGCGGAGAAGACCUACUAUCACAAUUUGAAAAACUAGUGGAACAAAACGAAGCACAAAUGUCAAGAGAUCAAUUAUCAGACGAUGGAUUACAUGAAAUAGAAACAAAACUUCAAAAAAAUGAAAUGCAUGUUAGGUUCCCAAGGUGCCGCACACCCGUAUCACUAUUCGCUAAAUUCAUACCAAAUACAACCAAACCAGAUGGUGCGAGGGUAGUUUAUGUAGAUGGCACAUUCGAUGUAUUCCAUGUUGGACACCUCAGAUUCCUGCAAAAAGCAAAAGAAUAUGGAGAUUAUCUUAUUGUAGGAAUAUAUGACGACCAAACGGUCAGGACUAUCAAGGGAAACCCAUUCCCAGUCAACCAUCUAAUGGAUCGGGCACUCACCGUAUUGGCAAUGAAAUACGCCGAUGAUGUCAUACUGGGAGCGCCAUUCAUACCUUCGAAAAACUACCUACAAAACUUAGAAGUAUCUAUAGUCGUUGUAGGAAACCAUAGCGAUGACCCUUUGAUGACUGGCAGCUUCGAUGCUCAUUCAGUUGCCAGGGAAAUGGGAAUACUGACACAUAUCGAUUCGGGAUGCACGCUGACAAGUGCAGAUAUCAUACAUAGAGUAUCAAGUAGAAUAGACCAAAUAAGCUCAAAUGUUGAGCGAAGGUGCCAAAUUGAAAAGACACUAUACCAUUAA